UUGAUAUGCAAUGAUCAGACUCUCACCUGGAUUGAAGUGUAUUUUUUGGAGGAAUUUUCAAGGUACUAAGUUCGCAGCUCACCUACCUCUCCAAGUUCCUUUGCUGGUUUCCAUUUCGAGUAAAAGCAAAUAGUAGCUGAUUUGGGCCUUCAGACUCUGUUCGACUGAGCGUGACAAUGGCUAGAGGACGACCCAGAAAGAGGGAUUCCCGCAUGGAUGCAGCCAUUGAUGCUAUGACCCGUGAAAUGGGUUUUGACGAGAGACUAGUUCGUGCCACAGUAAAAGAGCUACUGAAGGUUUAUGGAGUGCGAGGAUCUCCAGACCAAGGAUGGCCCUUUAUCGAAGAGUUUUCUUAUAAACUCCUAAUUGAGCAGCUUCUUGAAAAACAACAAGAUGGUGCUGAAAAUAGGGAUGCUGCUCGACAAGGCGAUGCAGCUCCACCAGACGAUGCAGCUCCACCAGACGACGCUGUUCCACCAGAUGACGCUGCUCCACUAGAUGAUGCAGCUCCAGAUGAUGCUGCUCCGUAUGAUGAUGCAUCAGCAGCAGUAGGGCCCUCAAGCAUUGUUAUUCUACCUACCUUCUCAGGGGCUGUGGACAGCAAAUUGCAGACUCAGGAUGCUUGUGACUCUACAUCACAGACUAAUGGACUUAUUCAUGCAUCACUGAUUAAGAUUACAGGUGCUAAGGAGUGUCUCCCAGUAGAUACUCUUGCACUGCGGAGGUGUAAACCUUGCUGUGGCUGGGCUUUUAGCAAUGAUGGGGAAGGUCCUGUGGAACAAAAAUUGGGUCCAUUGGCCGAGUCAGGUGCUGAGGAGUGUCUCCCGGUAGAUACCCUUGCACCGCGGAGGCAUAAACCGUGCUAUGGCUGGGCUUUUAGCAAUGAUGGGGAAGGUCCUGUGGAACUACAACCGGGUCCAUUGGCAGAGUCAGGUAAAUUACUUAUCAGGCCAGCUGAGAAGAGGAAGCGCAAGUCAGGGUGGGGUGUGAGACCUGAAGAUAUGCAAAGCUCUUUCACUUUGAUGUCGUAAUUGUAAUAUGUAUAAAUAGGAGUCUUGUCUAGAAAUCACAUAUUUUGGUGACACUGAUACUAGAUUAUUCGAAUAUGGUGUUGUGUCAGUCAUAGGUAUCAUGCCGAUAUUCGAUGCUAACCAGUGCAACUCUAGAGAAGAGAAUGCACAUUUUGGAAAGCUAUUGGAACCCAAAUUACAUUUACAAGAAGAGAGUGAAAGAUUGUGGGUGCUUUUGUCAGUUAGUUUGUUGGUGCUUAUGUAAAUGAUCUGAUUGGUGCUUUUUAUGUUCUAUACUUUGUCGUUGCACU